CCGUCUUACACUAUGCAAUUUGUUGCGCAAGAAAUUGCACAAUUUCUUGUGCUAUAAAAUGUAGCAAAUAUUUGUGAGCUGACUGCUUUAUACUAUGCAAUUUCUUGUGCAAGAUAUAGCCGAGGAUUCUGCGCAUUUAUACUAUAAUUUAUACCAGCUGACAAUCAUACAACCCCAACCUAUAAUUACCACAAGUUUUCAAUAAUUUAUUUUGUUUGUUAUUGUAUACAAUGAAUGUGGAAAGACGAAUAUCUGUUGUCAGUGGAUUGAUCGGUAUAUGUGUAAUUCGUAAAAUUCUAAAAAGACGCGCUGCCAGAAAGAACAAAAAGAGAAAAUUGUGGCAGGAAGAAUGGUUAAAAAAAAGAGAUGUGGGUAAAGGAGUUUUAUCGCUUUUGCAAAACGAGUUACUUCAUGAAGAUCCAGAGGCAUAUAGGAAUUUCUUACGGAUGGAUAACGAUACAUUUAUGGAGCUUUUAACCCUUAUAGAUGAUAUCAUUAAAAAACAGGAUACUCAGUUACGACAAAGUAUCCCAAGUGACAAAAGAUUAGCAGUAACACUAAGGUAUUUGGCCAGUGGAAAUACGUUUAGAGACUUAAUGUAUGCAACAAGAAUACAUGAAAGUACCAUAAGUAUUAUUGUAAUGGAAGUGUGUAAAGCUAUCAUACAAAACCUAAUGAAAACAUAUAUACAGUUGCCUCGAACUACUCUGGAAUGGGAAAACGUGGCCAAAGGGUUUGAAAAACUUUGGAAUUUUCCCUUUUGUCUUGGCGCCUUAGACGGAAAGCAUGUCAAUUUUCAAGCUCCUAAAAGCAGUGGAUCCUACUACUUUAAUUAUAAAGGAUCCCACAGCAUAGUGUUACUAGCAUUGGUAGAUUCGGAAUAUAAGUUUUUAUAUGUAGAUGUUGGAGUCAAUGGAAGAAUAAGUGAUGGUGGAGUAUACAGAGAAAGUAGUCUAAAAAAAGGCAUUGAUAGAAACCUAUUAAACUUUCCAGAAGACCGUCAUUUACCAGACACUGCCUUAAGGGAUUGUCUGUGGAAAAACGAAUUUUUAAUUAUAGACUGUCCAGGGCAAGACGAACAGUAG